GUCACACGAGCAUCUACAACGACAGCCUGUAAAGCAGAAAAUCGACAUGAGGGGCUGCUGAGCACAAUUUCUCUGCGCUUAGGACGUGCAGUUUCCCUGCUGACAGACACAAGCCAGAGACCUGUGUCGAGCCGGGAGUUGUCUUACUGGGGAGCAAAGCCACGAGAAGAAACAUGCAUCAGAGGUCAACAGUCCGCACCCACACGCUGUUGACCAGAAAGAGCCACACACGCUUCUCGGAGUUUCCGCACCACGAAUGAGCAGGAACGAUGAGGCCGAGAGCAGGGCAGGGCUCCUGGCGGGGCCCCGGGGGUCUCGCCCUCCCUCUGAGCCCCUCACAUGUACCUGGCAGCGGCGUUCGGCGGAGCGGCCCGGGCUUCCCGAGUCGAGAUGAAAAAACCCUGAGCCUACACUCUGCCUUGCCAGUCGCUGUUUCCUGUCACUUGCGAUGGCCUCUUCCCAGGACGAAUGGAGAACUACCAGAGAUUAAGCCAGCACUUGAUUAAGAAAAGAAGAGCAACCGAACCGACACGUGGCCAGCCUCAGCAAAACCCAGCACUGCGGUGCUCGGUGCCUGCUGCUCCGUUUUGGGAAGAGGAAUAUUUCUGGUGAUGUCAGUGAAGUUACCUGUGUGCAGCUCUGGAGCAAUCCGUUGCAGGCAGCUGUGGAGCUCUCUGGGAAAUGGGGACCUUGCAGAGCUCAUCACAGCUGACCUGGCUCACGCAGAGGACACCUAUGGAGGAGGAUGAAGCCCAGCAGCGACGUGACGCAGCAAUGCACAAGGGCAUGCUGGAACCAGUCUGACUAUUGCCAUUAUGGGUACCCAAUUUCUGUGCAUCAGGAGACGUCUCUUUGCUGUGGUGGGAGAAGAAAACAGCAAAUGUGACAGCGAGAUUGUAAAUAAUAUGUACGAGACCGACCCUGAUCUCCUUGCUGGCGAAAGUGCAGAGGAGGAAACAGAGGACAGUAUUAUGUCCCCCAUCCCUGUCGGACCUCCAUCACCCUUUCCCACCAGCGAGGACUUCACUCCCAAGGAGGGCUCGCCCUAUGAAGCUCCCGUCUACAUUCCUGAUGACAUUCCAAUCCCACCAGAUUUUGAACUCAGAGAAUCUUCGAUUCCAGGGGCAGGGCUAGGGAUUUGGGCCAAAAAGAAGAUUGAAGUUGGGGAAAGAUUUGGACCUUAUAUGACAGUACAAAGGAGCACAUUAAAGGAAACAAACUUUGGAUGGGAGCAAAUGCUGACUGAUCCCGAGGUGACCUCCCAGGAGGGCAAUAUAAAAAAGAUUGCUGACGACCUGGGAAACGAGAAAUUCUGCAUCGAUGCCAGCCAGAGCGGAGCAGGGACCUGGCUGAAGUACAUCCGUGCAGCCUGCUCCUGUGCCGAGCAGAACCUCGCCGUGUGCCACGUCAACGACCAGAUCUAUUAUAAAGUUAUUAAGGAAAUCGAGCCGGGAGAGGAGCUCUUGGUGUGCGCGAAGGAAGGCGGCUAUUCCCUGGGGAACAUGGCACCCAGCAUGGAAGAGGAGCACACGUUCCGCUGCGAGGACUGCGAUGAGCUCUUCCAGUCCAAGCUGGACCUGCGGCGGCACAAGAAGUACGCGUGCAGCGCCGUGAGCUCGCUCUAUGAGACGCUCAACGACGAGAUCAAGCAGGAGGGCCUCGGCGAUGGGCAGGUCUUCGAGUGCAAGGACUGCGAGAGGAUGUUCCCCAACAAGUACAGCCUGGAGCAGCACAUGGUGAUCCACACCGAGGAGCGGGAGUACAAGUGCGACCAGUGCCCCAAGGCCUUCAACUGGAAAUCCAACCUGAUCCGCCACCAGAUGUCUCACGACAGCGGGAAGCGCUUCGAGUGCGAAAACUGCGUUAAGGUGUUUACCGACCCGAGCAACCUCCAGCGGCACAUCCGUUCCCAGCACGUCGGCGCGCGAGCCCAUGCCUGCCCGGACUGCGGCAAAACCUUUGCCACCUCGUCUGGCCUCAAACAGCACAAGCACAUUCACAGCACUGUCAAACCUUUCAUAUAUGCUUUAGGUGAGGUCUGUCACAAAUCCUACACGCAGUUCUCCAACCUCUGCCGUCACAAGCGGAUGCACGCGGACUGUCGCACCCAGAUCAAGUGCAAGGACUGCGGCCAGAUGUUCAGCACUACCUCCUCUCUCAACAAGCACCGGCGCUUCUGCGAGGGCAAGAACCAUUACAACCCCGGGGGCAUUUUUGCCCCAGGCCUCCCCUUAACGCCCACCUCCAUGAUGGACAAAUCCAAACCCUCUCCCAACCUCAACCAUGCCAGCUUGGGAUUUAACGAUUAUUUUCCAUCCCGUCCCCACCCGGGGGGUCUUCCGUUCUCACCUGCCCCCCCUGCAUUCCCUGCCCUCACUCCGGGAUUCCCAGGGAUUUUCCCACCGUCUCUAUACCCCCGGCCCCCGUUGUUACCACCCACGCAACUCCUCAAAAGUCCCCUCAACCACACCCAAGACGCAAAGCUUCCGAGCCCCCUCGGGAACCCAGCACUUCCCCUGAUCUCUGCGGUGAGCAACAGCAACCAGGCCGCCUCGGCAGAGGAGAAAUGCGAAAGCAGCCUGGAGAACUCCUACCUGGAGAAGUUAAAAGCCAGGAACAGCGACAUGUCCGAUGGCAGCGACUUCGAGGACGUCAACACAACCACGGGCACGGACCUGGAUACCACCACUGGCACCGGCUCUGACCUGGACAGUGAUGCAGAGAGCGACAGGGACAAAACGAAAGAUAAGAGCAAACAGAUGGAGAGCAAGCCAGACUUUGUCAGCAGCUCUGUGUCUGCGAGCUCCACCGGCAACACAAGUGAGAUCCCUCUCUUCUAUUCUCAGCAUUCCUUCUUUCCUCCCCCAGAAGAGCACCUGCUGCCCACCACAGGGGCAGCUAAUGACUCUAUUAAAGCUAUCGCCUCCAUCGCAGAGAAGUAUUUUGGACCUGGCUUUAUGGGGAUGCAGGAGAAAAAGAUGGGUUCGCUCCCGUAUCAUUCCAUGUUUCCGUUUCAGUUCCUCCCCAAUUUCCCCCAUUCACUCUAUCCUUUCACGGAGCGAACCCUCAAUCACAACUUGCUGGUCAAGGCAGAACCAAAGUCACCCAGGGACCUCCACAAAGUGGGCAGCACCAGCUCGGAGUCACCCUUCGAUCUCACCACAAAGCCAAAAGAGCUAAAGCCAAUCCUGCCACCGCCGAAGGUCCUGCCAGCCCCGUCCUCGGGGGAGGAACAGCCACUGGAUCUGAGCAUCGGCAACCGCAUCCGAGCCAGUCAGAACGGAGGGAGGGAGCCACGGAAAAACCACAUCUAUGGAGAGAGAAAACUAAUGGCAAGUGAAGUCUUACCCAAGAUUUCCCAGUCCCAGCUGCCUCAGCAACCAUCCCUGCAUUACGCUAAGCCAUCACCCUUUUUCAUGGAUCCCAUCUACAGCAGGGUGGAGAAGCGGAAGGUGACAGACCCUGUGGGUGCCCUAAAGGAGAAGUACCUGCGACCCUCCCCGCUGCUGUUCCACCCCCAGAUGUCAGCCAUAGAAACAAUGACGGAGAAACUGGAGAGCUUUGCAGCCAUGAAGGCAGACUCCGGCACUUCCCUGCAGCCCCUUCCACAUCACCCCUUCAACUUCCGAUCGCCGCCGCCGACGCUGUCCGACCCCAUCCUGCGCAAGGGCAAGGAGCGCUACACCUGCAGGUAUUGUGGGAAGAUCUUCCCGCGCUCAGCCAACCUGACGAGGCAUCUGCGGACACACACCGGAGAGCAGCCCUACAGGUGUAAAUACUGUGACAGGUCAUUCAGCAUUUCCUCCAACCUCCAGCGGCACGUUCGAAACAUCCAUAACAAGGAGAAGCCAUUCAAAUGCCACCUGUGCAACCGGUGCUUUGGGCAGCAGACCAACCUGGACCGACACCUUAAGAAGCACGAACACGAGAACGUUCCAGUGAGCCAGCACUCUGGAGUCAUUACAAACCACCUUGGGACCAGUGCCUCUUCCCCCAACUCGGAGUCAGACAACCAUGCACUUUUAGAUGAGAAAGAGGAUUCGUAUUUCUCUGAAAUCAGAAAUUUUAUUGCAAAUAGUGAGAUGAAUCAAGCCUCAACGUUAGCAGAUAAAAGGCCAGAAAUCCAGGAUAUCGACAGCAACUCCCAGUGUCACGGAUUAGCAAACGAGAAAACGGAAGAUGUGGAUGAUGAAGAUGAAGAGCUGGAGGAGGAGGAUGACGACAGCCUGACGGGGAAGUCACAGGAUGAAACGGUGUCACCCACUGCAGAGCCCCGAGGAGCAUACGAGGAUGAAGAAGAUGAAGAGCCCACAUCUCUCACCAUGAGCUUUGACCACACCCGAAGGUGUAUUGAGGAGGACGAAGCCGGCUUGUUAGAUUUGGAGCAGAUGCCGAAUUUUGGGAAGGGGCUGGAUCUUCGCAAAGCAGCCGAGGAAGCAUUUGAAGUUAAAGAUGUGUUUAAUUCCACCUUAGACUCUGAGACAAUAAAACAGACUCUGUACAGGCAGGCUAAAAACCAGGCUUAUGCAAUGAUGCUGUCCCUGUCUGAGAACGCUCCCCUCCACACGUCCUCCCAGAACUCCCUGGGUGCUUGGUUGGACAUGGCAGGAGCAGCUUCAGAGUCGGGGACCUUUAACCCCAUCAACCACCUCUGAGAGGUCCGCAGGGCACUGGCCGGAGUCGCGGCGAGGAGGCGGCGGUGCUGCACUUACCCCAGCAAAAACCCCAGCAAGCAGAAGAUGGGUGCAAGGGCCUCAGGGAGCGCCUGGACUCUGGGCUGAGAAAGGAACCUGUUGCAUCUGACCUACCAGUCCUGCGUUUUUACCACAGUUUUGAUUUGUAAUUUAUCGGAACGAACCUCUCCACAACUGGAUAACCCUGACACACAGCCCCAGGAUCUCACCGAAAUAGGAAUAGCAUAAAGCAAGAUGUGAAUCGCA